UGCUUCGCAUGUUGGCCUGCGCGCCCACAUCUGCCCUCGUGUGAGACGCCUCCAGUGGCAGGUCCCCAAAGCUGAUCGCUCCCACCAAGCGCUCUGACCCCAGCGGAUUACAGAGGGUCCCGCGCAGGUUGCUGUCGGGAGGCGCUGGAUGCUCUCGCACCAAGUUGGGAUCGCUCUUACUCUGCACGUUCCUCUUGGAUCUAAUCUUUCAGCGUGACGCGAUCCCUUUCUGGAGGAGGGAGUCCGGCGGCGGCGGCGGCGGCGGCUAGCUUACACAUCUCCGCUCCAGCCUCUGCUUCUCCCGCAGGCUGCUCUGUCCCCGUCUCAGCUGUUUCUCGCGUGCAUGCGAGAGUGCCCCGUUCCCCCUGGCCCAGCUGGCGUCCCGGGAGCCCUGAUGUCUUCAUUGGACUCCCCGCAGUUGUUGAUGGGGUGUCUUGCUCAGAUUUCCAGGCAGGAGCUCAACCGCAGCACCCAGAGCCAGUUCUCGCUGCCAGGCGGCGCUUCGUGCGGUGCAGGCUGCGGCUGCGGCUGCCGCUGAGCUGGGACUCGGCUGCAGGGCAAGGAGCGGCGAGAACCGGGCGCUGCCUCUGCUCUCCGCAGGGACCGCGCACCUGCGGCGGCGGGGGGAGGGCGCACGGAGCGGUGCCGGCGGCAGCAGCCCCUUCCCCUGAUCCGGAAUUGUGAACUUUCCCCCUGCCCCCCUUGGAGGAUCCCCGAGCUGAGCCACAUGCAUCCCUUGGCGGCCGGCCGGGCUUCCUGGAGUUAAUGUCCGUGCUGGGUCCGACGAGCCCAUCUGAAAGGGGCCGGUGUCGGAAGGAAAUCUAAGAUGAAGUUAUGGGAUGUUGUGGCUGUCUGCGUGGUGCUGCUCAGCACGGUCUCCACAUCCCCGCUGCCCGCCGGUAAGACGCCUCCCGAGGGGCCCCCUUCAGUGGUAGAGGGGCCUGAAGACGAUCACUCCCCCAUCAGCCUGCCGCCUCCCUAUGCUGUGCAAAGUGACUCUAACAUGCCAGAGGAUUAUCCAGAUCAGUUUGACAAUGUAGUGGACUUUAUUCAAGCCACUAUAAAAAGACUCAGAAGGUCACCAGAUAAACAAACUCCAAUUUUUUCUAAACGGGAGAGAAGUCGGCAAAAUGCAGCUGUUAAUACAGAGAAUUCCAGUAAAAAGGGACGGCGAGGUCAAAAGGGCAAAAAUCGAGGUUGUGUCUUAACAGAAAUACAUUUAAAUGUGACUGACUUGGAUUUGGGAUAUGAAACCAAAGAAGAGCUGAUUUUCCGGUACUGCAGUGGAUCUUGUGAUGCAGCCGAGACCACAUAUGACAAAAUUUUAAAAAAUUUAACCAGAAAGAAAAAGCUGGUCAAUGAUAAAGUGAGGCAAGCUUGCUGCAGACCCAUUGCCUAUGAUGAUGACCUUUCAUUUUUGGACGAUAACUUGGUUUACCAUAUAUUGAAAAAACAUUCCGCUAAAAGAUGUGGAUGUGUCUGAUUUUUUUUUUUUUUUUGAGAUUAAUACAAUAUUGCAUUCCUACUACAAUGCAAAGAACAGGACCAAGGUUCCCAAGGAAACGUCUGUUCAGAACUGAGAAAGAGGACCAAGGAUGCAGGAAAACAGAUGUCAUGGGAGCCUGGUAGGACAAGAUCCAGCACAGAGAACUGGACAGGAUAGAAAAGUUGGAACUUUUAAUUUCUACAGGAAAGCAAAUAAAAGGCAUCAAAGCUCAGGGGUGGAGUUUCAGAAUGGAUGGGUGGAGGUUGCUAUCACUAUUUCAUUUGACAUGGUCCACUAUCAACGAGAGUUGAAUCAGCUAGGAAUGUGCUUAAAAACACAACCUAUUAAAUAUCAUGCCUUGUUCUUAUUUUUUAUUAAGUUUAGUUAUAAAAACUGGGGUAGCAUUAAUAAUGGUAAGCUUAAGUGGUAUUUGCUUCACUCCAAUAUACACCCUAAUAUUGCCUGUUAAAAGAUUAUUCCAAAACACUGGAGAUAACUUUUUUAUUACAUAGUAUAUGUGCAAGGUUAAAUCAGGCAAGUGUCAAAAUUAAUCAGCUAAAGUUCAUCCGGGGAAAAUCAACACAAAACAAAACAGUUUCACUUAUUGUUUGAUUUAGGCUAUUUCCAUCUCACAUUUCUUCAAAACAGUUAAGUAUCAGAUUUAAUUCUUCUAUUACCUCUGAAAACACGUUGUGUUUUUAAGCACUCACUCCUAGUAGAAUAAUAGAAACAAUGAGCCUGGCCUACACAAAUGCAAAAUGUGUUUCUUUUGGUUUACAAAGGACUAAUGUCACUUACAUAACUCCUUUAAUAUUUGGUCAUUGUGAGUGAACAGACUACUUGAUGCAAUGCAUCCAUUCAAAGACAUAAAUAUACAGAAGAUAUUUAUUGAGAUUUAAGUUAUUGUUAUUUAUUACAGUUCACUAAUGAGUUUCCGUUCCUUAUUUAUUAAAGUUUUUUUCAAAGGUGCCAAAGUGGAAUGUGCUCGCAAGAUACAAAGACAGUUAAGCUGGGAACAAGGGGCCAUGCUUUUAAAAGUAUUAACAGUUAACUUGAAAGCAAAAAAUCACUUACUUUACCUUUUUUAACAAAACCCUGUUUAAAAUCUCAAAAUAGAGGGCCAAAGUCUGCAACCCAUAUUCAUGUUGAAUAACAUUUAUGUGAGCAACUCCAUUACUACCCGAAUGAGUUAGUGACACUCCACAUGAGUGCAGGUUGCAGAAUGGGGGCCAUUAUUAUCAAUUUGUUAGAAAAAGUAAUUAUAGUAAUAUUAUAAUGUUGAUGCAGUUUUUCUCACAAACACUUCUUCUGCCAACUGACCUCACAAGUAUGAUUGACAAAUGAAGAUUAAUCACACUUUUGUCAUUUUAAUUUCAUGUUAUAUUUGUUUUUUCUUUCCAUAUUUCCAUAUAGAAAAGGUUAAAUCCCUUUUUGUAGUUAGUCCUGGAUUUAAUGUAGACUGAAGGUAAACAAACUAUUUUGUUAAAUAACCAAAGUGUUUUGUAUAAUUUUCUGAAACAUUACAGGAUUCAACUGGCAUAGUAAAAACCAUUUUAAGUUUUCAUCUAAGAUACUGCUUUAAGGUGAAGGAGGUUAUGUAUCAAAGGGAUUAGCACAAGUUAUGAAGUUGGAGGUUUAUUUAUUAAAGAUUAGCAGAAGUAUGUUUAUACUAGACAUAAUAGACAACUGAAGUGAAGACUUGACUCCCACAAAAACAAUAUCCAACCAAGAAUCUACUGAACAACAGCAGCAGUUAGGAUCAUAAUUUAUCCAAUCCAUGUAACGACUCCAUACUUAUUCUGUUCCUUUUAAGUACAUGGAACCUGCACUGAUACCAGUGGGGAAGGUCCCAUGGUUGCGGGGGAAGAAAGAAAGGAAAAAACACACAAAGAUCCACCAUCGUGUGGCUUAAAGGAGAAUUUUGCCCUAAAUCAAGUUUCUUCACUAAGGUCCCAAUCCUGCAAUUGAUAAGUGAGCACAGUCAUCUUCAUGAGCUCUGAAUGCAUGGCAAUCCACCACAUGCAAUCAAUUGCAGGAUUAGAGUCUAAGGCCCGACUCCAGCAAAGCACUCAAGAUCAUGAAUAGUCCCAUGGAAGUCAUUAAGCACGUGUUUAAGUGCUGUGCUGGGUCAGGGGAUUAACCACUGUGUUGGGCAGCGUACAGCAGUCAAAGCAUCAUCUGCAUUACUUGCAUAGUACAAUCCUGGCUGUGUGAUGAGUCAAAACUCAGAAACACGGUGGUUAGUUUAGGCUAGCUUUGAGCACAGAAAUGAUAAGUACUUUAUCACUUGCUAUGGUACUUCAUUGAUGGUUGACAGCUUGCCUCAAGCAACAGCCUAAAUAGGCUUUAAUUAUAGCAGGUCACUAUGUUCAAACUACAAAGGGUAAAGUUUGUGAUUUUUUAAAAAACUUAUCAUCAAGAACAGGAGUAUGAUUCUCUGGAGGUUUUUACUUCACCUACAAUUUAUGUCUCAGUUAUUAGUGUUAAUCAACCAAAGUUCUCUACAGACUUUAUUUUUGUACAAUAUUCAUUUUAUAACUUUUUACAAAAUAAAACUCAUUUCUAUUGU